GGAGAAAAUCCAUUACAUUCGGACUGAGGGUAAUAAUGGGCUGGAAAAGUUGUCCUGUGAUGCAGAUCUAGUUAUUUUGCUGAGUCUCUUUGAAGAAGAGAUUAUGUCCUACAUCCCCCUGCAAGCUGCCUUCCACCCAGGGUACAGCUUCUCUCCUCGCUGUUCACCCUGCUCCUCACCUCAGAACUCCCCAGGUUUACAGAGAGCCAGUGCACGAGCCCCUUCGCCCUACCGGAGAGACUUUGAGGCCAAGCUCCGGAAUUUCUACCGGAAACUGGAAGCCAAAGGAUUUGGUCAGGGUCCAGGGAAAAUUAAGCUCAUCAUUCGCCGGGACCACUUGUUGGAAGGAACCUUCAAUCAGGUGAUGGCCUAUUCCCGGAAAGAGCUCCAGCGAAACAAACUCUACGUCACCUUUGUUGGAGAAGAGGGCCUGGAUUACAGUGGUCCUUCGCGGGAGUUCUUCUUCCUUUUGUCUCAGGAGCUCUUCAACCCUUACUACGGACUCUUUGAGUAUUCUGCAAAUGAUACCUACACGGUGCAAAUCAGUCCCAUGUCUGCAUUUGUGGAAAACCAUCUAGAAUGGUUCAGGUUUAGUGGUCGUAUCCUAGGCCUGGCUCUGAUUCAUCAGUACCUUCUCGACGCCUUCUUCACAAGGCCCUUCUAUAAGGCGCUCCUGAGACUGCCCUGUGAUUUAAGUGACCUGGAAUAUUUGGAUGAGGAAUUCCACCAGAGCUUGCAGUGGAUGAAGGACAACAACAUCACAGAUAUCCUAGAUCUCACUUUCACUGUGAAUGAAGAGGUUUUUGGACAGGUAACAGAAAGGGAGUUAAAAUCUGGAGGAGCCAACACCCAGGUGACGGAAAAGAACAAGAAGGAGUACAUCGAGAGGAUGGUGAAGUGGCGGGUGGAACGUGGUGUGGUGCAGCAGACAGAGGCCCUGGUGCGGGGCUUUUAUGAGGUCAUAGACUCUAGGCUUGUCUCCGUGUUCGAUGCCAGGGAACUGGAGCUGGUGAUAGCGGGCACAGCAGAAAUCGACCUAAAUGACUGGCGGAACAACACCGAGUACCGGGGAGGUUACCAUGAUGGGCAUCUUGUGAUCCGCUGGUUCUGGGCCGCGGUGGAGCACUUCAAUAAUGAGCAGAGGUUAAGAUUACUUCAGUUCGUCACAGGAACAUCAAGUGUGCCCUAUGAAGGCUUCGCGGCCCUUCGAGGAAGCAAUGGGCUGCGGCGCUUCUGCAUAGAGAAAUGGGGGAAAAUUACAUCUCUACCCAGGGCACACACAUGCUUCAACAGAUUGGAUCUUCCACCUUAUCCCUCAUACUCCAUGUUAUAUGAAAAGUUGUUAACAGCAGUAGAAGAAACUAGCACUUUUGGACUUGAAUAAAGAAAUGGAAACUCGCCUGACAUUUUCCUGGACAGUGACACCACCCUUUCUGGAAAAAUCCCCCUUUCCUUUUCCCUUUCCUUGAAUCAACUCUUCUUUGAUGUUGGUACUUCAUGAUUUUUAUUUUCAAACCAAAUCAGAAUGGACAAAAGCUGUGCAUGAAGAACUGCCUUCUUCUAAGAUAUAACCUUCAGGCUUAUCUCCUCUAUUUUCAAUGAACUGCU